GGCCCGGAUUUUUCGCGCUGGUUCUGGCCGGAGGAGGGGGCGGGGCCGCCGCGCAGGAUCGCCGGAGCCGCCGCCGUUGCCGCCGCCGCCGCUGUUGCCGUGUCGCCUCGGCUCCCGCCGCCGCCGCCGCUCCCCGGCACCGAGCUGCCGCCGCCGCCUCCGCCCGGCCCCCGGGGGAAAGGAUGCGUUAGGGCACAGAUUUGAUCUUCCCUUCUCAGAAUUGGUACGAUCAGAAUUUUCAUGAUACUCGCACUGACGCUGCAGGCAAUUCUCAUGCUGCCAUCACUACAUAUGGGAGUAAGGGCCGAAUCAUUGGCCACAGUGAAGAGGAAACAAACAGAUUUUUAGUGCUUUAAUCUGCUGCAGUGAGUAUUCCUCAGAACCAGAGGAUCCAGGUCCUGAAGAUGUGGUGCAAGGAGUAGAGAAUUGGAAGGAAUGGACUACUCCAUUAUUUCUGACACACAAGAAAAGCAUCUCUGAAAUUGCAGCAGAUGUGGAAGAAAUGAAUAAUAAGUAUCACAUAAAUGAUAGUGGCCUGGACAGUGAAGGAGGAAUCUGACAUGCAGGCUCACUGUAUUUGGCACAUGACUCCUGUCAGAUGCUGGACCUUCAACAGUGUAAGACUGGAAACACCUGGGCUGAAUGGACUUUAGCAUCAAAAGAAGUUCUCAACUGUUAACUCGAAAAAUUAACUACAUCAAAAUGAAGCAGGUACCAGAGAUUCUUGGAAAUACCAAUGGGAAAACUCAGAAUUGUGAAGUGAAUCGUGAGUGUUCUGUCUACUUGGGCAAAGCACAACUUUCCGCCACUCUACAGGAAGGUGUCAUGCAGAAAUAUAACGGCCACGAUGCCCUUCCAUUCAUUCCAGCUGAUAAAUUGAAAGAUCUAACAUCUCGUGUGUUUAAUGGCGAAUCUGGGGCCCAAGAUGCCAAGCUGCGUUUUGAGCCCCAGGAAAUAAAAGGAGUUGGCACACCACCCAACACUACUCCUAUCAAGAAUGGCUCUCCAGAGAUUAAGCUGAAAAUCACUAAAACCUACAUGAAUGGGAAGCCACUUUUUGAAUCUUCAAUUUGUGGAGACAAUGGUGCAGAUGUGUCUCAAUCAGAGGAAAAUGAACAAAAGCCGGCAAAUAAAGAGAGGAGAAGCAGAAAAAGAAGCAUAAAAUAUGACUCCUUACUUGAGCAGGGUCUUGUUGAAGCAGCAUUAGUAUCAAAAACUUCAAGCCCUACUGAAAAGAAGGCUCCUGCUAAGAAAGAUUCUACUCAAAGUACUGUCAAAGAAGACAAAGUCCAUCUGUUGAAGUAUAAUAUUGGAGAUCUAGUGUGGUCCAAAGUGUCUGGUUUUCCAUGGUGGCCAUGUAUGGUUUCUGCUGAUCCUGUUCUUCAUUCCUACACUAAACUAAAAGGACAGAAAAAGAGUUUUCGUCAAUAUCACGUUCAGUUUUUUGGAGAUGCCCCAGAGCGAGCCUGGAUAUUUGAGAAGAGCCUUGUGCCUUUCAAAGAAAAAGACCAGUUUGAACAAUUAUGCCAGGAAAGUGCAAAACAAGCCCUCACUAAAGCAGAGAAAAUAAAGAUGUUAAAGCCUGUUUCAGGGAAGCUGCGGCCGCAGUGGGAGAUGGGUGUUAAGCAAGCGAGUGAAGCAGUAGACAUGACAGUGGAAGAACGGAAGGCCAAGUACACCUUCAUCUAUGUUAGGGACAGACCUCAUCUUAAUCCUCGAGUGGCGAAGGAAGUUGGCAUUGCUGUGGAACCAUUAGAGGAGAUAGAUGAAUCAUCUUACUCAAAUGAAGAAACCACUCAAAAUCUGAAAUUGAUGAAGGAGUCUGGCAUUCCUAACAAGAGGAGGAGAAGGACGUCAAAAUUGUCUGCCGCUAUUGAUACACAAGAAAGCAGUCAGUCAGGGACUAAGAAUACUACUCCUCAAAAGUCAUCUGAACAGGCGGAAUCCAAAAGAGGGAUAGGCUCCCCUCUCAAUAGAAAGAAAACUCCAGCAUCUACUCCACGAAGCAGAAAAGGCGAUGCAGUAUCUCAGUUUUUGGUCUUUUGUCAGAAGCACAGAGAUGAGGUGGUUGCUGAACAUCCAGAUGCUUCAAGUGAUGAGAUUGAAGAACUGCUUGAAUCGCAGUGGAACAUGCUUAGUGAAAAACAGAAAGCUCGCUAUAACACAAAGUUUGCCAUAGUGACCUCUCCCAAAUCUGAAGAAGACUCUGGUUCAUCAUUGAAGAAUAUUGGAGAGGCCAAACGUAAAGUGUUUCAAGACUCACCUAAAAGGAGAUCAAGAUCCAGAAGUAACUUACAUGGAAAUAAAAGAAACCAAAAAAAGAGGACAAAGGAACCUACAGAAGAUUUUGAAGUUCAGGAAGCACCUAGGAAAAGACUCAGGAUGGAUAAACAGAAUAAUCGGAAGAGGGAGACAAGCAAUGACAAAACAGCAAAAACAAACUCUACUAAGGUCACAGAAACCUCCUCUUCACAAAAGAACCAGUCAGCAACGAAAAAUCUGUCUGAUGCAUGUAAACCUCUGAAGAAGCGAAAUCGGGCUUCAGCAGCAGAAUCUUCAACUCUUGCUUUUAGCAAGAGUUCAUCUCCUUCAGCUUCCUUAACUGAGAAUGAGAUCUCCGAUGGUCAAGGGGAUGAGCGGUCAGAGUCUCCCUAUGAAAGUGCUGAUGAAACUCAGACAGAAGUGUCUAUAUCAUCCAAAAAAUCUGAGCGAGGAGCAGGAACAAAAAAAGAAUAUGUGUGUCAGCUUUGUGAAAAAACAGGUGAUCUCCUACUGUGUGAAGGACUUUGCUAUCGAGCUUUUCAUGUAAGCUGCCUUGGGCUCUCUGGAAGACCAGCAGGAAAAUUCAUUUGUAGUGAAUGUACAUCAGGUGUGCAUACCUGUUUUGUGUGUAAAGAGCGAAAGGCAGAGGUGAAACGCUGUGUCGUAUCCCACUGUGGAAAAUUCUACCAUGAAGCUUGUGUGAAAAAAUUUCACCUUACUGUGUUUGAGAACAGGGGUUUUCGAUGUCCUCUCCACAGCUGCCUAAGUUGUCAUGUUAGUAACCCUUCACAUCCAAGAAUUUCAAAAGGAAAGAUGAUGCGUUGUGUCCGCUGUCCUGUUGCAUACCAUGCUGGAGACGUUUGCAUUGCUGCAGGAUGUGCAGUCAUCGCUUCCAACAGCAUUGUUUGUACCAACCAUUUCACUGCCAUGAAGGGAAAAAGUCAUCAUGCGCAUGUCAAUGUGAGCUGGUGCUUUGUGUGUUCAAAAGGAGGUAGCUUGUUGUGCUGUGAGUCAUGUCCUGCAGCGUUUCACCCAGAUUGUUUAAACAUUGAAAUGCCAGAUGGAAGCUGGUACUGCAAUGACUGCAGGGCAGGGAAGAAACUCCAUUUCCAGGAUAUCAUUUGGGUUAAACUGGGAAAUUACAGAUGGUGGCCUGCAGAAGUGUGCCAUCCGAAAAACGUUCCCCCAAAUAUCCAGAAAAUGAAGCAUGAAAUCGGAGAAUUUCCUGUGUUUUUCUUUGGUUCUAAGGAUUACUAUUGGACGCACCAAGCGCGUGUGUUUCCAUAUAUGGAGGGAGACAGAGGAAGUAGAUACCAAGGAAUUAAAGGAAUUGGAAAAGUCUUCAAAAAUGCUUUGCAAGAAGCUGAAGCUCGAUUUCGAGAAAUAAAGCUUCAGCGAGAAGCCAAAGAAACUCAAGAAAGUGAACGUAAACCUCCACCAUACAAGCACAUUAAGGUGAAUAAACCUUGUGGUAAAGUUCAGAUAUAUACUGCUGACAUUUCUGAGAUUCCCAAGUGCAACUGCAAACCCACAGAUGAAAACCCUUGUGGCUUUGAUUCUGAGUGCCUAAAUCGGAUGCUGAUGUAUGAAUGUCACCCACAAGUUUGUCCAGCGGGAGAACGGUGCCAAAACCAGUGCUUUACAAAACGUCAAUACCCUGAGACAAAGAUCAUCAAAACCGAUGGGAAAGGGUGGGGUUUGGUUGCUAAGAGGGACAUAAAAAAGGGAGAGUUUGUGAAUGAGUAUGUUGGUGAGCUAAUUGAUGAAGAGGAAUGUAUGGCAAGGAUCAAAUAUGCACAUGAAAACGACAUUACUCACUUCUAUAUGCUUACUAUUGAUAAGGACCGUAUUAUUGAUGCUGGCCCCAAAGGAAACUAUUCUCGUUUUAUGAAUCACAGCUGCCAACCAAAUUGCGAGACUCUAAAAUGGACAGUACAUGGAGACACUCGUGUCGGCCUGUUUGCUGUGUGUGAUAUUCCUGCAGGGACAGAGCUGACUUUUAAUUACAACCUCGACUGUCUGGGCAAUGAAAAAACAGUCUGCAAAUGUGGUGCCCCAAACUGCAGUGGAUUUCUUGGGGACAGACCAAAGAAUUCUUCCACUAAUGCCUCGGAAGAAAAAGGCAAAAAGACCAAAAAGAGAACAAGGAGACGCAGAACGAAAAAUGAGGGGAAGAAAGAAUCUGAAGAUGAUUGUUUCCGUUGCGGUGAUGGAGGCCAACUGGUGUUGUGUGACAGGAAAUCUUGUACUAAAGCUUAUCAUCUCUCCUGUCUUGGUUUGGUGAAACGUCCUUUCGGAAAGUGGGAGUGUCCUUGGCACCACUGUGAUGUUUGUGGCAAACCUUCUGUUUCCUUCUGCCACUUCUGCCCAAAUUCUUUCUGCAAGGAACACCAAGAUGGGACAGUACUAAAUUCUAUGUUAAAUGGACAGUUAUGCUGCUCUGAACAUGUUCUUGGGGUGGAUUCUGUUGAAACUCAGAAGCCUGAGAAACCCCGCAAAAAACUGAACAAGUUGAAGCCUAAGAGAAAGCAGAGGAACAGAUGGAUGAGAGCUGAAUGCAAAUAGUAAUGGACUGCAGUUUCUACUGCCAACACUAUCUUGUAGAUAAGUUGUGAAUAUGACCAGGGAAGGACACAAUUUUACAUAUAUUCUGUAAAGGUUACGUGGGGGAGGGGGGGAUUUUUUUUGUUUUGUUUUUUUGUUUUAUAAAUCCACUGAGCCAACCACAGCAGUCUUCUGCUGCUUCUGCACUGAUAAUGAACUGUGGCAAGCAUAGUUCAGAGAAUUUCAGGACAAACCAAACUUAUUACUCAGCAUUACAGUUACACUUGAAUUGUUACGAAUGUAAAAGGUUCCCUCCAGUAUUCUUGCAGAUUGGAGGUAGGUUGAAAUCAAACCAGGUAGGCAUAAACAUAGGUUUUGAGAUAGUAUUUGUCAACCAACAGAUGUUUAAAAUAGUAUAUCCCUUGAAAGAAGUUAUUAGCUCUCAAGUUCUUUUAACUAAAAAAUGGCUUGGUCUGUGGUCCCAAUGAGAUUUGCUUGCCUUGCGUGUUUUUGAGCAAGCGCUUGAAUGCCAUUCACAAUCCAGGUGCGUAUCUCACUAUAGCCACACACAUAAUUUGUUUGUGCUCUUAUAAAAUAGCUCUCCAGUGAUUCUUAAACGAAUGUUUUUAUAACCUUCCACCAAGAAAUAUAGUGCAUGGUGGGAAAGGCAUACCCUGUACCAGAAAGGGGAAAUCUUACGUUGUAAGAGAUUUUUUUUCUAUACUGUUUUUUCCUGUAUUUCAUUCCAGCAAAUUAGAAAUGACUUGAUCUUGCAGAGCUGUACAAGUCUGGAUUAAAGGGACAUUGUCUUGCAAUCUAGGCCCAAUACUCUAGGAUUUUUAUGUUUUAAUAAAAAUAAAUCAUACAAAACCUGUUAUUUGAAAAGAUAUUUGAUUUUUUUUUUUCUUGAUGUCAAGUAAAACUUGGAGGCAAACAUUGCUUUGGAAUGCUUGAGAUCCAAGCAUUACGACAUUGUGAUAAUGUAAAAAAUGCACAACAAUGAGCAAAAAAACCCACGAAUGAAACAGAAGGUGAAACUUGACUAGCUACUGAAGUGCAAAAAAUAAAUUCAAAACAACUAAUUAAAAGCGAAAUAGAUUUUUUUUUUUUUUUUUGGAAGAAGCGUGUAAGGAACAAUUUUAAUGUGAAAUUCAGCCUGUUUUCCUUUUAAUACAGUUUAUUUAAAACUGGUUACUUGACUUGGCAGACUGAAAUCAUUCUUUAUUUUUACAAGCUCUGCUCUUGACUAUCUUAUCACCACUGUCUUGUUUGAGCAAAGCUGUUUUGAAUUCUUUGCUCCUCUUAGGUUCUCACACUUGCAGUGAGAUAAAUAUACAAGAUUUAGUUAAAUGGAAAUAAUAUUAGAACUAGGAAAAAAUGGUAAAGAAAAAUGUCUUUACCUGUUUUCUUCCCAGUGCAUGACAUUGAUAUGUGAUUAGGCAGUGUUACAAGUAAGUUUUGACUUGUGCCAUUAUUAUCUAGCCUAUGUAAACACAACGUGCGCCUUCAUGUCCAUUUAGUAAUUUGUGUAUGUUCUAGCUUAGUUUGCCUUUAAUAGUGCAGAAACUCUGUGUAGCCCUUUUGAAAAUGAAGCCUUGCUAUGUCAUAAAAGUGUAUGGUUUAUUCCCAAAUAUUUUUUGAGGAUUUGAUUGCAGAUUUAGAUUUUGGUUUUAUUGAAAUCCCUGUUUGUUCCCAAAACAUAAAAACUUUGGUUUUAUUAGAAGAUUUUGAUUGAAACAGGUUUUGAAUGUACCGUUACCAUACCCUGAACUCUUUGGUUUCUAUUUUGUAACCAAACAACUAUUUUGUUCUUCUAAUCAAUUUUUAUAAACACUUUGGGGAGUUGAAUUAAUUUUCAUAAAAUAGGGGAGAAAGUGUUAUAUAUAUGUAUUUUUAAACAAACUGGUAUGCCAAGCCUUGCACUUGAGGAAAAAAAUUAAGAUUUCUUUAUUGUAUUUGAGGGAAAUUUUCCCUCUGCUACAGAUAUUUGUUAUACCAAGGCUCAACCAUAGGCCUGUGCCUGAAAUCAAUGCCAAAAAUUGUAUUAUAUAUGUUUCUCUUACAUUGAUUUUUUUGGGGGGAGAACAGUGAGAUCAGGUAGCAAAGCAGAAUCUUUUCCUGGUCACUUUUAAACAAAAUGAAGGAAUUUGAUGUCAUUGGGACCAUUAUUUGUUUGGGUACUAUACCAUGUAAGGAAGGGUUUGUAAGAAUACCUUUGAAUAAGUUAUUAUAAAAUCUUACCUUAACCACUGCCUUUAUAAUUUGUUACAUUUUUAGUUGUUUCAUUGCUUUUUUCCUUCGUACAUAGAUGUAACAGCUCUGGCACCCUGGAACAGUUAUGCCCCAGGCCCCAGCAGGCAGAUCCCCUCUUCCAGACACCACCAGCGCCAAGAGGUGUUGGUUGGCACCGUCGCAGAAACACUGUCAGUUUUGAGAUCGAUCGCGGAGCCUACAACUCCCUGCCUGCCUUUGUGGUGGGGCAAAGCACAUUUCGUAUGGCAGGAGGCAGUACAGCCACCCAUUUUGUAUCUGUCUGUGGGCAAAUAAAGAUUUCGGUGUUCAAAACAGUCAUUCGCAGCGCUCCUUUCCUAACGUUGAAUUUACACGCGCAGAUCUCAGCGAGUGGCUGUGCGACUUUCUGCUUCCUUCUACCUCUUCUCUGCUCUUCUACUACUAAAGUCUUUGGGCCAGCGAAGCCUGGCGUCAGUGCCCUGCAAAGGGAGGUUUGCUCUUGGCAUGGUCAGGAGCCCAUUCCUCCUGUUGAUCAUGUGCUUCGGAGACUGAUGCUUAAAAGAAACGUGGACCUUAUUCUUCCGUAGUCCGUACGGCCUGUGAGGUCUCAUGAGCUCGGCGAAGGCACGCGGAAGUGAGCCGGUGGAAUUUGGGUUUCUGAUUCAGGAAAGGGUUUUUAAGAGUCUUUUAAUGAAGGCUUCCACUCCUUACUUGGCAGCACUGGGAAAAUAUGCUGAAGUUUUGUUUAAAAAGAAAAAACAAGGACAAAAAAAGAAAAGCUGUUUCAAUAUUUCCCUUCUCCUGUGGUUCAAAUACCAAGGAAGACAACUUUGAAAAAGCAAGCUUUCUCAUGAUGCAACUCAGUACUUAGCGUUCAACGACUUGGACUUUCCUGUUAUAAAUUCACCUGUAUAACAUCCAAAUAAGACAUAUUAUGUGGCAUUAAAUUAUGUACUUAGUGUAUUGACCAUUGAAGUAGAAAAAUGUCUUUCCUUUUCCAGUGGACUCUUCAAAGCUGGUAUACAAUAGGCAAAUCCAAAAUUUGUUGGUGCUUUAUCACAUGAGAAAGUGUGGAAAUAAUUUUCAGUUGAAUAUGUUAGAUGUAUUUUCAUACAAUCUAGGAAGAAUAAUCAAAUUAAAUGGCUGUUUUGUUCUGUAGCUUUGUAUUCAUGGUCAGUUUUUAAGGGCUUUUUUAUUUUAAUUAUUUUGGAAAGCAAAAUAUGUUGAAAGACACAUUGAUGGGAUUUUCCCACAUUGUUGAGUCACAUUAUGCCAUGUCUAACUGCUUGAGAAACUUCAGUGUUUUAUUAAAUAUUAAAAUUUAUUCCUAGUUAUUUCAGAA